GUAUAUAUAAUGUAGGGCAAAUCAAACCAUGUGGGACAAACGAACAAACAUGUGGUGUGUUACUUUCUUAUUAAUUGCAGUUGCAAGCUGUAAUGCAGAAUCAUUUGAAUUGAAGACGGCUGAUCUGUCUACUCAGACUGUCAGUCGAAUUGUAGGCGGGGUGGAGACCACCGUGGAAAGGUAUCCAUUUAUGGUUCAGGUGUUAUACAAUGGACAGUUCAAUUGCGGGGGUUCCUUGCUGACGUCACGACAUGUUCUCUCUGCGAGUCACUGCUUCGUCAAUUUAUACGGUUAUGUACUACCAGCUAUCCUCUUUACCAUUAGGAUGGGCACAACAUUCCUGAACACUGGUGGAUCUCUGCACCAAGUAUCGAGAGUGAUAGUCCACGAAUCGUUCAACAACCCGUCCCGGGAUAACGACGUGGCCGUGGCGGUGUUGAGUACAGCAGCUACCCUCAGCUCCAGCGUGCAGUUCGCGGUCCUCGGACCCCGGGGACAGGAGCUACCUGACAAUACUUCCCUCACCGCCGUCGGGUGGGGACUCACUAAUGUGAAUAACACAAUGGCGUCAACAGUAUUGAAUGAGGUCACCAUACUGAAAGUCAACCGGUCUGUCUGCGAGGCUCGUUACCGCCUCUUGGAAGAAAUAUAUUCUGCUCCGUUCCCGGUGACCAAUGGCAUGAUUUGUGCCGGAAUACUCGAUGUUGGAGGCAAGGACACAUGCAAUGGUGACUCGGGCGGGCCGCUGCUGUACGGGAAUUUGGUGGUGGGAGUCACCUCGUGGAGCUGGGGCUGCGCCGAGCCGACGUGGCCAGGAGUAUACGCCAGGGUCGCGAAUUAUACCGACUGGAUCGAAGCUAAGAUUCAGCAAUAUAAUUCGGCGACCAUCGGCAGGGUCGGAGCGGUUACUCUACUCACGCCUUUAUUGUUCCUGAUAAUCAACUUAUAAGAUAUUACUAGGGAGACGAGUGAAGGAAGGCUUCAGAAAGCUUCGUGAAGUUAAGACAUUUAAGAAAAUAAAA